AUGAGAAAAAAACGCCACGACAAGAUGAUGGAGGAAUGGAUUGAUGUGAAUCAAUUUUACGAAGAAGCUUGGUGGGCAGUCCUUGAUGAUGUGAAUUUAUUUGAUUUUGGGUCUGAAUGGCGUCGUAUUUACGAUGUUUUGCCUGAGAUUGCAUACCCUGUUUAUUUCAGGGAGGUUGAAGAGGGCGAUCAGAAUAUCUUACGGGAUAAUUAUGUUGAGCCACAGGAACACGUGGAGAUGCGGAUGCAUUUCAAAAGAGGUAUCGCAGCUGCGAAACGAGAUGACCCUGAAGCUCGGCGUAACGAUCGCAACACGAUGAUUGAGUCUAUUCAUACGUUACAGAGGGAGGCUGCAUACAGAUAUAUUGUCAUUGCAGAUGAGAAAGCUUUUGAAAGUGGACGGUUACGGGUCAUCUAUCCCGAUGGUCUUCAAAGAAUCAUUCGCGAGGGUCGUAUUGAACCUGAUUAUCAUGAUAUUGGCACUGUUGCGGGCUUAUGGGAAAAUGCUUGCGAAAUACUAGGACCAGAGUGCACAACCCUCGACGAGAAGUAUCAAAUUAAUGGUGAGAUAGGGAAGGAAUUGUAUGAAUUAACUGAAGAGGAUCUCGCAGACCCAUAG